UGCAUAUCGACUCGUGGAACUUAGAGAGAGAAAGAAAGAGAGCUUUUGAGAUAGCUUGAAUUGAGGGUUUUCACUUUGAGAUAGAGAGAUAGUGUUUGUGUGACACAUAUUUUUAACUAUUCCAAAAUUUACAAAUAGUUUUAUUAUAUUCAACAAGAAAUGGCCAUGACUCGUGAAUCUUGGGCUUUUGUUUUCGGCAUUAUAGGCAACAUCAUUUCCUUUGCGGUGUUCCUCUCACCAUUGCCAACUUUUUACGUAAUCUUCAAGAAGAAAUCUGCUGAAGGAUUUCAGGCACUUCCUUAUGUUGUGGCACUUUUCAGUGCAAUGCUUUGGAUCUACUAUGCAUUUGUCAAAAGAGAAUCUGCUCUUCUUCUCAUCACCAUUAACACUUUUGGAAUUGUUGUUGAAUCAGCUUACAUUAUAAUGUUCCUAAUUUAUGCCCCAAAGAAACAAAGGCUUUCAACCAUAAAACUACUUCUCUUGCUGAAUGUGUUUGGGUUUGGAGCCAUGCUUCUAUCAACUCUCUACCUUUCAAAGGGAGCAAAACGUCUUGCUAUCAUUGGAUGGAUUUGCCUUGUUUUCAACAUAAGUGUAUUUGCUGCACCUCUCUUCGUCAUUAGCAAAGUCAUAAGGUCAAGGAGCGUUGAAUACAUGCCAUUUUUCUUGUCCUUCUUUUUAACUAUCAAUGCUGUUAUGUGGUUCUUCUAUGGCCUUCUCCUCAGGGAUUACUAUGUUGCUCUACCAAACACACUUGGAUUUGUGUUCGGCAUAAUUCAGAUGGUGGUGUAUUUGAUAUAUAGAAAUGCUACACCAGUGGUAGAGGCACCAAUGAAGGGUCAAGAGUUGAGUGGUGGUCAUAUAAUUGAUGUUGUGAAGAUUGGAACAGAUCCCAAUCGUGCAGGUGGAGGUGCCGGUAGCAAAGUCUGAUUUUAACAUGGGAUCCAUGACCGGGAAAAUAAAAAUUGAAAAAGAAAAAAUCUUAACCUAAACUAUCAAUUUCAUAUAAUAUUGUAAAAUGCAAGAAGGGUGCUUAGUCUCUGGUAUAAGUAUUUAGCUUUAUUAAUUAAUGUAAAGGUGUGUGAUUUAAAUUCGGUGUAAUUGGCAAAAAAAAUGGUCAUAUAAGCAAGCUAUAUAGCAAUAUUCCUAAGCUUUGGCCAUGUAUCAUAUCACUCCCAUAAUUGUACUACUACUACUACGUGUAACAUAACGUAGUAUAUUCUCUCUUCUCUUAGUGUAUCCCUCAGUCAAACUCAUUUCAAGUUCACUUUUCCUUGUAUACGUAAUCGAUGUUCCAGUAUUAAUGAAAACGAAUUGUUUUAGUA